AUGGAUAUUCCGAAUUUUGACUUCGAAGCUCUCAUGGAAAAGGAAGAUGAAAUGAAAGAACUCCGUCCAAAAUCUCUGAAAGCUUCUUUGAAACAAGAAGGGUUCUUCCCAGAUCCCUCUAAAAAAGAUCGAUUCGCCAAGAUGGUGGACAAAAUUGUCGACUAUUUUGAAGACGGAAAUUUCAAGGCAUUGAUGCAAUUUCUCUUCGAAAAGCACAAGACAUUAGAACUGUGGAAAACGAUUGAUGAGAAAGUUGAGAUUCACGAUUGGCUUGAUUUUUUUGAAGAAAGUGUGAUCAAAUCACUACGAAGGAUGACAAACAUUCCUGAAGAAGUGGACAUUGAAAUUGGAGAAAUAUUUGUAAAAUUACAAGUCAAAACAAUUCGCGUUGCCGUAUCCGCGUUUGAUGUAAACGCAUUUGCGGAAAAAGCAGCAAAAAUGAGAGAGCCUUGGCAUUUUCAUUUUUAA